UAAAUUUAUUUUUGUCAUAUUAUUGAAACUACAGAUUACUGGCUCGUCUAAAGGAAUGCAAGGAGCCAGAUUUUUUUUCCAUACCCUAAGACACAACAUAUACAGAAAUGUCACAUUUUUAUGUUUGGAAUUCUUUAUCUUUUAUUCUUGGUACUCUUACAGUUAUAAUUCAGGGAUUUUCCGGAAGCUUGAGAGUGGCGAAAAUAUAGCGCUACCAUUUUCCGUUCCUAAUACUUCUCAUAUUACUGAUACUUUAAUAAAUUUUAACCCAGAUUUAAUAAAAUAUAGUAAGAUUUCUUCUAUUUCAUAUGACUUAAAUAUGCCUCGUUGUAAAAUUUUACGAUUAAACACGUCCAUAAACGUUAUAACCCCUUAUCUAGAGCUCAAAUAUUUGAGCUAUUCGAAAUUAGAUUGCAUACAAGAUGUAAGAGUACCUUUGACAUUUUUAGAGUCUAAGGCUACAAAUCGUAUUGACAUUUCGGAACAAGAUUCGAAUUUCAAAAUUAUAUUAGAUACUAAAGUGCUAGAAGCUUAUUAUGGAGGUUCAAAAAAUUUAGGAAGCUGUUAUUACUUUCAGAUACUUAGAGAUGACAAAUCCAACCUUCCUGAUGAUAACAACAUUCUUGGGGAACCUGUUUAUUUUAAUACCUCAACUUUAGUUUACAUGUCCAACCUAGCCUCUUUUCAGAUGUCGUUCACUAAUGUCAAGCAGCAAAGCUUUGAUGUCUACCUCAGUGUGACAUGUCGUGAUAAAAACAACUCCGUCAUUUAUCAAAAUGCCCACAUAGUUCCUGCACGAGCUGUAGUGACCCAUUAUAUAAAGACUCAAAUAAAGCGUAAUUUAUUAAAUGAAGCCAAAUUAAGCAAUAAUAGAUUGAACGUACUACUAAUGGGUGUGGAUUCAACAUCAAGGGGAAAUUUUGAGAGGUACUUUGAUAAAACUUAUAGACUUCUUAGUUCUCUCAGAAAAAACGUUUACUCCUAUAAAGGUUAUUGUAAGGUAGGCGAUAAUACGUACCCCAAUUUAACACCUUUAUUCACUGGAAAAUGGGUUUCGGAAGAGUUUCCACAUGGAUCCAUAAAAUAUUUUGACAACUUAAGUCUGAUUUGGCGUGAAUACGAAAAAAGAGGGUAUGCCAGCAUUUAUUUAGAGGACGAACCUAUUUAUGCAACUUACAACUACCAAAAAAAUGGUUUUCUGGCCGUUCCUUCAAACUUUUACUUUCGACCAUUCUCCCUAGAAUGGAUGAGAUUCAUGAACCUCACAAAACGUUACGAUCAUUGUUCUUUGUAUGGCAAGAGUGAAAUUGACAUGUUGCUAGAUUAUUCUGAAUCUCUUAUUAAAUCAAUGGAAAUUCUUGGAAUAUUGGAAGAUCGCAUGCCGUUCCUAUUAAUCAUUCCUCCGGACAACUUUUUUAACGAUUAUGGCAUCGAAGAAUCCAUUUUUUCGAUGAAUACCAAACGAAUCGUAACGGCUUUUGAUAUACACGAAACAUUGCUUCAAUUACUGGACAUUCACCUGAUUAUAGAAGAAAAAACUCCCCUUAAACUUUCAAACAUGACUGGAAAUGAAAGCUUAAAGAAUAGAGAUAAGAAGGGACUUAGCCUGUUAAGUAUGAUCCCUUAUGAUAGGGAUUGUGAAUCGGCCCACGUGCCUAGUUAUUAUUGCCCAUGCAAUUGGCUAGCACCUAUUACUUUAACCACCUAUUUAAAUUAUCCAAAACAUUCGACGGACAAUAUUAGCGAGUUAUUUCAGAAAAUUCUGAACCUUGGAGCCGACUUAAUAGUUUCAAAGAUCAAGAACGAUAUACUCAUGCCCUAUAAAAAAGAUUGCAUUUUUGAGGAAUUUAGACUAGGCACAAUAAAAAAAUUUAUAUUGAUAUCGAAGGCGAAUAAAAGAAAUUUAGAAGAGUUGCAAGGUUAUAAUGCUAACGAGGUAAGAAAAUAUUUGAACAAACUGAGUGAAGGGAUCGAUAACGGACUAACUUCUUACAUAUCCAAAGUGAUAGAAACUUUUAAAAGUGUCAUAAUAAUAAUAAUAACUAAUCCCUUUCAAGGAAUAUUCGAGGCUACGUUAGAUUUUGAUAUGUAUAAUAUUUCAAAUAUAUUCAGCCGUGUAGCAGACAUUUCUCGCUUGGAUGGGUACUGGGAUCAAUCUUACUGCGUAAACGGGUCAGAAAUUAAAAAGUAUUGUUAUUGUAGAAAGUAUCAUAAUUAAAGCAACAUGGAUUAAAUUUCUUCCUAUUCUUAACACUAUAUGUUAAUGUUUUCAAAUAUGAUAACAGUUAGAUUUUAACAUAAUGCGAACUAAUUAUUUUAAAUAAGUUGAAUCAUAUAAACUUCUCUGCGAUAUUAUAUACAAUUUAAAAGACAUAAAUAUUUUUCUAUGUAAUUAAUUAUAUAUUA